GGAAACAAAAGUUAUCAAAUAAUUGUCAUUGCAAGUUUUAUGUUAAAUGAUUGCCGCUUUUUAAAUCUUUAUUUUUUAUAUGGCAAUCGAUUAAAGGAAGAAGCAUUGUUAAAAAUACGGAAACUAUAGAAAGUUAAGUCUCAGUUUGCUGAGAGAAGCAGUAAUAUAUGAAAUUAUUUAGGAGGAAAGGAAAAAGUUUUGUGUCAAACUCCUUGAAAGAAAUUAGUUUAAGCUUAAUAAAAUUAUUUGACAAAAUCUUAAUGAAAAGCCUUAAAGCACUCGAGAACAAUACUUACAGUAUCAAACUCGAUUUUCAACACAAUACUUGAGAAUGUCGGCACACGUUAUGUGCUUGACUUCUUCUGGAGGAAUUCCUCUGUUUUCACGCCAAAAGGGAGAUAGUAACACGAUGACGUUUUCAAAAAUCGCAUCCCUCAAUGGAGUUCACAUGUUUUUGAAAUCACAGGACAUCACUCUACUGAGUACGGAUUUGCCUGACGUGACAGUAGCAUGGAAAGAAUUCGAACGAUGUAUCAUACUAAUAGCAAUUGCGAGUGGAGUAACAAAAUAUGUGCUGGACAAGUUUUUGGACGCCACUUUUGGCGCAAUGAUUCUCUUCACUGGUAUUGAUGAGAUAAAGAAUACUAAAAAUAUAGAAAGACUCAAGAAAGACAUGCGUCUUUGCAGUCCUAUUAUUGAUAAACUAAUGGACUGCUUGGACAUAGGGGAUAAAAUUUCUACGAAAACCGAUAUGAUUAACAUGACAGAAUGCAUCAUAUCUUUGGAAAAUCAUUUGCUUCAGACUUGUUUAGAGGGAUUUAUGGAAUGUCUGGACUCGAUGUAUGGAUGCGUUUUGGUGCAUGGUUGUGUAGCAGCUGCUACAGAAGGCUGGUGGUCAUUGGAUCCUGUGGAAAGAAAAUUAUUAACAAUAGCAAUUGCUUCAGAGAGUAUUUGUACCACGCGAGACAUUCCAGUGUUUUUACCUCGUAAAAGUUCGAACGUAGCUUUUAGAUUGGUAUCUGUAACUCUAAUUAAUCACGUAGAAGUGCUGGCAUUAUGUGGACCAAAUCCAGAAUUAACAGAAAUUGAGAGAUAUGCUAUGCAAUGUUGGAAGAGCAAUAUGGAUGCAUUAUGUACUGUUGAACAGUGUUAUCCACGAAACCUACCUAUGUCGGUCUCUUUAGAUAGUGAAACACUUGGAUUUCUACUGGCAAAUUACAAGAUAGAAAAAUUCGUACUUGGUAAAAACUCUCAAUGCGCGAAAAAUCGCGUGACGGGAUCGCACAGAUUAGAUAUUUUGCGAACGUUUUAUCAUCAAGCGGUCGAAACAUUCGCGCUGUCAAUCGAACAUGAAGAGAGUAACGAUGCAAAAUUAACCACGAGUACCUGGAAAUUUAUCGGGGCUAAAGAAACAUACUUGUGUUCCGAAUAUCACAAAUGUCAUGCUGUGAAACAUAGUGACAAUAUACUUUGUGUUUUAUACACAUCUGUUGUGCCUACUCAUACUAUGAGACUGAUUAGUCAGAAAAUAGUAAAAAUGAUAUUUAGCGAUAAACAAACAUAUUGGUAA